UUUAUCCUCACGAGACUAAAUCUCUGGACUAAAUAGAAGAAACGAGUGGACUGGAUGAAAAUUGAAAGAAUAAAUAACUAAAAUAAGGAGACUAGGAAAGAAGAAAUGCGCUAGUAUGCGUUCGACAAAACUAAUUCGCAAAAUUUCUGAUUCUUACGUAAAGUCCAGAUGGUUAGCAACAGCACAUUCUCAAGUAAGAGUUUCCCAUAAGAGAAGAUCCGCACGAGAUGUUCCAGUCAAAACUGAGAGCAUUAAUAAAGGACCAAUGGAAACAUUUUUAAAAGCAUUUUCAAAGGAUCACCCUGCACUUCAUGGUAUCAAUAAUGUAUCAGAUUUUGGCAAUCUUGGUUUGCAACAAGAUUUAUGUGAUGCUAUAAAAACCCUGAACGUUGAGCAUCCAACACCAAUCCAGGUCCAAAGCAUUCCAGCAAUCCUGCAUGGUCACAACAUUCUCUGUACAUCUCAUACAGGAUCUGGAAAAACGCUUGCCUAUCUUUUGCCAAUCAUCCAUCUAUUGAAAAACGAGGAAGAUAUAGAAGGUGUUGUGUCAAGGCCAAGCAGACCACGCACUUGUGUUGUGGUACCAUUCCGAGAACUUUCUAUGCAGAUUUUGAGAGAUGUUAAGUAUCUCAGCCAUUUCACGAAGUUGCGAUCCCUUGGUUUGAUCAGUGGAAGAAAAAAGAAAUGGAUACAUGAAGGAUUAUCAGAGGCAGUUGAUAUUGUGGUGGCCACACCACAUGUACUUCUUCAAUAUUUACAAAAAGGUGACAUUCUUUUGUCUGAUUUAUCCCAUCUGGUGUUUGAUGAAGCAGACACAAUGUUUGAUCCAAGUUUUGCAUCCAUGGCGUUGGAAAUUUUAAAAUAUGCAGGAGUGAACUCCUGGAAGGAAAGUGAACAGCUUCUACAGACAGUGUUUGUUACGACAACAGUACCGCGAGAGAUACUUAGAACACUGAGUCAAAUCAUUCCAAACCUCUCCAUCUGCAACUCUGGCAUGCAUCAGAUUUUACCGCACAUUUCCCAGAAGUUUGUAAAAAUUUCCCAGCACAAAAAGAGCGAGUUGCUACUACAGAUAGUCUCACAGGAUUUGACACAAAAAGAGAAAAAAAUUAUGGUUUUUUGCAACACAACAAAAAGCUGUGAUUGGACAUCGUAUUUUCUUGAGGAACGGGGAGUACCACAAAUACGACUGAAUGGAAACAUGACUAAAAAGGAACGAAGGUUGCAUCUUGAAAAUUUUAAAACAACAGAAACACCUAUUCUUGUGUGUACUAAUGUUGCUUCGAGAGGACUGGAUACCACUAAUGUUAAUCAUGUGAUCAACUUUGACUUUCCUGUGAGUGUAGUGGAUUAUGUGCAUCGUCUUGGGCGGACAGGAAGGCUUGGGAUGAAGUCGAACGCCUCACCAAGGGUGACCAGUUUUCUAAGCCACAAUCGAGAAAUUAUCAUCAUGGAACAGAUCAAGAAAGCAAUGCAACAUAAAUCACCUUUGGAAGAUGCUAGUCUCUGGCAGAUGAAAAGCAAUCAGAAUAACAGGAGCAAACACAGAAAUCCAAUAAAUGACCGCAAUCAACAUCAUAAAAACAGAUAA